CCAGACACGUUUGCAGCCUCGCCAUUUGGCUCACCCAGAGAGGUUCUCCUAGAGUUAUGUUUUACGGUCCAAUCCCGGGAAGCCAACUGGAGAAGGGAAGUCAUGAAGCACCGGGGCUGCUGCCUAUAUGACUCUUCCCCUAGAAGCAAGGUUGCUGAGGAAGAUCCUGAUAAACACUGGCUCAGCACCGGCGAGGAAUUGUUCUCCGUACUGUACCCCCGUUAGCCACCAAAAAAAGAAAAAAAAAAUAAAAAAAGAAGGAAAAAAGGAGGAAAAAAAAAAGAAAGGGAAAAAAAUUCAAGAAAACAAAAAGAAAAAAAAAGGAAAAAAGAAAAGAAAUAAAAAGGAGCCCAUCGAGGCUGAGUAGGGAAGGAGAACGGGAAGGAGAAACUAGUUUUGGAGGAAGUGCUAUUCCUAGGAAAAAAUCGGGACCCUCUGCUUCUCACUCCUGCCUGGGUGUAACUUCUUAUGCGGGGGCCUGACGGUGUCAAAACUUUAAAGAUUAAUGGAUUACUUUGUUAAUGACUCAAGGCGUCAGAUUGAGGUGCUUAAAUGAUUUGUGAGGUGCAAAGCGUUUUCCUGACAGUCCCAAACAAUGAGAGAAGAGUGUGCGGGUGGAUGCGAGGGAGGCUGCAGGACAAGCAGCCACACACACACACACACACACUUGCGCACACACACACACUCACAGCCUCUCACACAAAUAUAUCCACGCACACGCACCCUCCCCCCACCCCCGAUCACUUCAGAUUAGGACGCCAAGGGGAUAGAUACUCGACAUAUCAUUUCCCUCUUUAAAAAAAGUGUAAAUAAAGCCUUUCUGGCCCCCAAUGAGGCGUUCCUUCCCGACUUUUUUGGAUCAAUCAAACAGACAGUGGCUUCUUUUGAUUAAAGCCCAAAUUGUCAUUGGGCAGAGGCAAUCAUGUGACAGCCAAUUCGGUCCAAUUUCAACCUUGUCUCCAUGAAUUCAAUAGUUUAAUAGUAGCACGGUCCCCAUACGGCUGUAAUCAGUGAAUUAGAAAAAAAACACCCCACCAGCGAUCUUCUAUGCUAUAUUUUUUUCUCCUCUCUCUCCUUUUUCUUGGGCCUUCCCCCCCCCGAGCCCCCUGAAUCCGAGGGAACUUUUUCUCCGCGGGGGCUGCCAGUUGAAGGCCAUGAAUUUCGCAUUUGAGCGAGAGAUCGGUUUUAUCAAUAGCCAGCCAUCGCUUGCUGAGUGCCUGACAUCUUUUCCCCCUGUCGGUGAUACAUUUCAAAGUUCAUCAAUCAAGAACUCGACGCUUUCACACUCGACACUGAUUCCUCCUCCUUUCGAGCAGACCAUCCCCAGCCUGAACCCCGGCAGCCACCCUCGCCACAGCGGCGGCGGUCGCCCCAAGGCGAGCCCCCGCGGCCGCAGCGGCAGCCCGGGCCCCGCCGGCGCCCCACCACCCCCGGAGUACCCCUGGAUGAAAGAGAAAAAGGCGUCCAAGCGAUCCGCGCUGCCGCCCGCCUCGGCCUCCGCCUCAGCCGCUGGACCUGCCUGCCUCAGCCACAAAGACCCCCUUGAAAUCCCCGAUAGCGGUAGCGGUGGAUCUAGGCGCCUGAGGACGGCUUACACCAACACCCAGCUUUUGGAGCUAGAGAAAGAAUUUCAUUUCAACAAGUAUCUCUGUAGACCAAGGAGGGUUGAGAUUGCAGCCUUGCUGGAUCUGACUGAGAGACAAGUCAAAGUCUGGUUCCAGAACAGGAGGAUGAAGCACAAGAGACAAACCCAGUGCAAGGAGAACCAAAACGGCGAGGGGAAAUUUAAGAGCCUAGAGGACCCCGAAAAAGCGGUGGAAGAGGAGGAGGAGGAAGAGGAGAAAUCCCUCUUCGAGCAAGCCCUUAGCAACGUCUCCGGUGCUCUCUUGGAGCGGGAAGGCUACACUUUCCAGCAGAAUGCCCUCUCCCAGCAGCAGGCGCAGAAUGCGCACAAUGGCGAAUCCCAAACUUUCCCCGUUUCGCCUUUAACGAGCAAUGAGAAAAAUCUGAAACAUUUUCAACAUCAGUCACCCACUGUUCAAAACUGCCUCUCAACAAUGGCCCAGAACUGUGCAGCUGGCCUGAACAAUGACAGUCCUGAGGCCCUAGAUGUCCCUUCUUUACAGGACUUUAGCGUUUUCUCCACAGAUUCCUGCUUACAGCUUUCAGAUGCAGUUUCCCCCAGUUUGCCAGGAUCUCUGGACAGUCCCGUAGAUAUUUCUGCUGACAGUUUCGACUUUUUUACAGACACACUCACCACAAUUGACUUGCAGCAUCUGAAUUACUGAGAAAUUAAAGACGUCCUCUCCAAGGGUCCUGCUUUCUCCUCAUUAUUACUUUUUUCCCCUCCAGUGAAUUAAUUUUAUUUUUCCCCUCCUUUUCCCUUGUCAGUAUUUUCUGUUUGUUACUUCCCUCUGCUAUGCCAUUUUGCCGUUUCUUAUGAAGUUUUAGUUGUGUUCAGUUUUAACCUAGCCACAUUCUAGGUCCUUCUAUGAAAGCAAUAUAUGAGGUCUGUAAGAAAGUGAUCAUAUAGGAAUGUAUCUUCACUUUCUUUUUAUUUUUGUAUUGCAUUAGGAUGCAUUGUCAUAAGUA